CCCGCACGUUCUGAAUGUAAUCAGAUUCAGCGGAAGCAGUCGAAGAGGCAUUUUAUGGAUUACGCCUUACUUACUAAAUUGUGUUUACUAAUUUGUUAAUGACUUUGGGUGAUUUACUGAUUGGAAAAGAAUUUACCGACGUUCUACACGUUCCUCACAAUCGUAUAGAAAUUUUGGAAAUUGUCUUCAUGUCAUGAUGUUAUACACUUAUUUCAUCACACUUCUUAGCGUUUUUGUCAUCAUGAUUUCUUCAUCAGAAUAUCAUCUGACCUAUGCAAGCACCGACAAAACGUGCAUUUUAGCGCAUUACAGAAGAAAACCUUGUGGAUACAAAUACAUUUCUCAAGCUGCCUGUCAAUUACGUGGAUGUUGUUUUCAUUCAUCUUCAAUUCGAGGGGUACCAAAGUGCUAUAAAGCAGAACGAGUAAAUGCAGUCGAAAGUUGUUUUCCAUCAGAGAAAGGAAGGCAGCCAUGUGGAUACAGAUACAUCUCACAAUACCAAUGCCAGCUUCGUGGUUGCUGUUUCAAAACCGCAAGAUCUUUCGGCGUACCAUCGUGCUACAAGCCAUUAAUAUCUUUCCUGAAAUCUACAAUCACUAGUACAACGCCAGUCGCAACGACUGAAUACGAUCCCCCGUUAUUGCGAUCAGCCCAUGGAGAAGAGAGAAGAGAAACGAAUGUGAUGAUGACACCUGAAAAAACUAAAUAUGAUACUGCCGGUGACGACAGCGUUUCGACAAGUUUAUUAGAAAUGUUUCUACAAAUGAAUGCCUGGCAAAAUGCUAACAGAUCUUGUAGCGUAAAAGUUGGAUCGCGCAAUGACUGUGGCCAUCCUGGAAUUACAAAAGCUUCUUGUGAAAGUAAAAACUGCUGUUGGGAUCAUUCAACAUUACACUCGCACUGGUGUUUUUAUCCCGUUUGGAGAUCAUUGGAAUCACAUAAUCGCAUGAACGAUUAUACUUCUUCUGGAUCAGAAUCAGAAUCGCCAUCUGAUGAAUAUAUGACAAUUGAACCAAACGAUUCGACGGGAAUGUACCAACCCCCUGUUCCAACAACGGCUUAUGAUGAAUAUUGGGAUACUACCUCAUCAAUUGAUAACAUUACUGACGCCAUAACUACGGAGACUUCGUCAACGGUAUCAACUGACACACAUUCAAGUGCGCUCGUGACCACAAAAAAUAUAGUAAUUACGGCUGCCUCAACUACGACAACCGAAGUACUUCCUCCGUACGAAGACUCAGUAGAUCCCCCAGUGAAAGACGAUGAGGUAGUUGUCUAUUCGCGGGAAAAUGUUCCAAAUACCACGCCAUACUCGCCACAGACGACUACUUCAACAACAACAACAACAACCGCCAUGCCAGCAACAGAAAGCCACAAUAAUGAAUGGAACAACAUGAUUAAGCUUCUCAACUAUUAUUCUGUAAUACAGCGAGGUAGUAAACCAUCGAAGGUGGACAGAGGAUUGACAAAUACCUGCUCCGCUACAACAUCUUCCUGCUGCCUUAGCAAUCCCAAGGCUCCUUGUUGUGAAUAUUCAAUCGACGCACAAGUGGCGUACAGAAGGUCUACAAAUCCGCAAUCAAGAAUAGUAGGCGGAGGAAUCGCGGGUCACUUGCGUGCUUCAGUGGCGUACUUGACCGUGAAAAACUUUGCCAGUCAAUUUUGCGGAGGAACGCUGAUAAUGAGUAAUUGGAUAGUAACUGCUGCGCACUGCGUUGUGGAAUACUGUAAUGGAAAUAAGCCCGUAAGUGAAAUAUUGGUUAAACUUGGGAAGACAGACAAAUCAAAUUUCAUUCGUGGAAAAUAUGAGCAAAUUAUUCCUGCAUCUAAAGUAAUAUGCCACUCCCAUAAUUGUAAAUCGACCAAUCAACCACGUUUAAAUGACAUAGCUCUUGUUAAAUUAUCAAGGAACAUCAAACGUACUAUGUACGUUUCACCAGCUGCACUUCCGUAUCACGGAGAAAUGCCUGUUAUGAACCGGAAAUGUAUUGUUCUUGGAUGGGGUGAAACAAGAGAUCGAGGUCCUAAAAGUAACAUUUUGAAAGAAGUAGAUGUUCCGCUUUACUCAAAUCAACAAUGUAAUAAACCCGAUUGGAGAAAUUGUGCUGUUCGUGCAUGCAUGAUGUGCGCCGGGGAAUUAAAUGCCGAUGCAUGUGAAGGCGAUUCUGGCGGACCACUUUUUUGUCAAAGACCCGGAGGCCUGUACGUGUUACAUGGUGUGUACAGCUGGGGGCGCUGUGGUGCCGAGGCGAAAAAGCCAGCGGUGUACACAAGGUUUCCAUAUUACGUAAAUUGGAUAAAAAGACAAAUCUACUCCAGGUCAUGAACAUGCACGGGCCCUUUUUGAUGAGUGAAACAGAAUCGGUGCAGUGAUUGAGAUGGAGUUGAAAGUGCAGAAAGAAUAUUGAACACGUACGGGUAAAGUCUUAUCCCACUGUGUCGAGAUUUCAUAAAACGUAAAAUCGUAUGUUAUGAAAGAAGAAGUAGAUCGAAUUGUCUCCAGAAAUGAAUAAUACGAAAAUCUUCAAUCUGUUUAUGUGUUAAAUAAAUUUUUCAACUACACGUUUAUAGACAUUUUAAAUUUUAUUGAUACCUACUAAAAACGCGUACAAUUAAUCCUGAUGGAGAUUAUUUAUUAUGUAUGAAAUUUGCAAUCUCUUGGCAGUUUGUACUUACUACAUAACUGCUGCGCUAACCUCAUUCUAUGCAUAUAUCUGUAUAAAUUGAGAUGCUUCGUACUGAUCAUUCAAACGGUCUUUUUCGAUCAAUUUUCCAAUUUCUUCCAUAAACGUUGCGUGUGACAUCGUGAGUUGAUAUAAAGCUUAAUUUACAAUUAUAUUGAAUAUUAAUUUAUUUAUUGAAUAAAAUCUUCAUUUGUGUUUAUUUAAAUGAA